AGCGCCUUGCCGUGCUCACCAGAGUUUGAGAGUCCGGAGCAAUAUGUCGACUCCNNCCUGCUGGAUUUUAUUGCAUCCUCUGAAUUACUUCAUGCCCUUUGUGGUGGUGUCCACGUUCUCGACUUCUUCACACGUAAACCAGAUCUCUACACCUUGGUCAUCGAGUCAGAAUGGCGAUCUUGCUUCCGAGCACACGACAUAAUGGACAUUUUGGAUCUACUCAUGCGGGAAGACCUAGACAUUUUCAACCAGGAGACAAAUACUUGGAGAGAAGGUCCUGUACCGCCGGAAUCUUUGUUGCAAUAUAUCAAGCAGAUUAGAAGAUUAUCACUUCGACGUGAACAUACUCCGAUCAACAGAAAAGACCGAAAAGGAGCCAAUGGACCAAAAACUUCACAUACACUUGCACGCCAAGUAGCAGUCGGCAUGAACGUCAAGAAAAUUCAUGAAGUUGAUAACUUCUGCCGUUAUCUUGAUAAAUUGACGACUGAGAUUGCCGAAUCUACGAAUCAGGAGAUCACACAUUUAGUCGACUUUGGAGCUGGUCAAAACUAUCUGGGUAGAGCACUGGCGUCAGAACCAUACAAUAAACACAUUAUCGCCUUGGAAAGCAGAGCACACAACAUCGAAGGAGCGAGGAACUGGGAUGUACUUGCCAAGCUAGCGCCAAAGCAACAAACCAUGGUGAACAANAAGGAAUGGAGACUUCAGCAACAAGCAAUGGCUGAGCAAGGCAUCUCUGANAAAGAAAUACAGAAACAGGAUCUUAAAGGAGAAAGAGGCUUUCACGCGGAAGCUCCUGCCCAAGAAGAGAAGCCUGCACAAGCAACCCUCAAGAUUUCGAACUCGGGUGUCGGCAGCAUACAAUAUGUUGAACACUAUAUCAAAGACGGCGAUCUCUCUCGUGUGGUACCUCAGAUCGUAGAUCAAGACGCUGUACGAGAUAAAGUAAAUACGGACCUCGAAACCGCCACCACAGAAGCACCACCUUCGAAACAGAUACCCGACAACUUUGUCGAAGGAAACCUACAACUUGACGAGUCAAUCAAAGCUCAGGAUCCUCGUCUUCUGAUCAUCUCUCUGCACAGCUGUGGCAAUCUCGUGCAUCACGGCAUCCGCUCUCUUCUACUGAACCCCUCCGUAUCAGCCGUGGCCCUAGUCGGAUACCUUGCUAACACCCUUAUUGUNUGCUGCUACAAUCUAGUCACUGAACGUCUAGGACCUCCAACAUACAAGCUACCAUCCCUAAGGUCGAAUCAUCCUCGCUUGACAGAGACUUCAGAAGCCCACGACCCGCACGGCUUCCCAAUGUCCUCCCGCCUCUGCAACCAAUCCACCACCAGCGGCACCGGCGUCCGUCUCAACAUCACAGCCCGCAUGAUGGCCGUCCAAGCACCCCAAAACUGGGGCAANAAAGACUCGGAAGAUUUCUUCAAACGCCACUUCUACCGCGCCCUACUCCAAAGAAUCUUUAUGGAUAAGGGAAUAGUCCCAGCCCCUGAACCCGCAGAUGUGGAAAACAAUAAUGGAAGUCCUUUGGGUUGGUCGGCNGGNGGAGGUACUGCACCUAUCAUCCUCGGCUCGUUGCGAAAAUCUUGUUAUGAGAGUUUUGUUGCGUAUGUGCGAGGUGCGUUGGAGAAACUUGUUAACGACCCUACUCGUGGCUCCNNCCUCUUCGCAGAGAAAAUGGCUACUAUGAGUGACGAAGAGAUUUGUCAAUACGAAGCAGAUUUCAAGGAAAGGGGCAAGGAAUUGAGUGUCAUGUGGAGUUUGAUGGCGUUUAGUGCUGGAGUUAUAGAAGCUGCUAUUGUGGUAGACAGAUGGUUGUUCCUCAAAGAGCAGGAUGAGGUAAAAGAUGCGUGGGUAGAGCCUGUGUUUGAGUUCAAACACAGUCCGAGGAAUUUGGUGGUUGUUGGCAUUAAAAAGUGA